UAUAAUGGUGGCGGGAUUCAUUGAAUCUCAGGACAUUGUUAUUGGACUUUUGUCUCCGUCCGAACCAGCUUUCAUCAAUACCGUUCAAAUCAAGCCGGCGGUUGAUAUGGCGCUAGAAGCUGUCGCUCGGCGAGUCCGAGCAGGGCAGUACCCCAAUCUUAGCCUUUCGAUAAUUGUGAACGACACGGGAUCAGGCUGUGGAACGAAUCAAAUAAGGGUGCUUUCUAUAGCUGCUAUGAUGUUUAUCAACUCCCGUGUCUAUUGCUACAUCGGCCCACCAUGUAGUGGAGAAAGUACCGCUGCUGCGGAUCUAGCAACAUACCUCAACAUCCCCAUCGUAACGGCAACUCUCCCAUCUAUAGAGUUCAUCAACAAGCAGUCUCGCUUCCCAACGAUGACUCGAACAUCAUACGAAAUGAAAACUAUCAUCAAGGUCAUAUUAUCAACACUUCGUCAUUUUCGGUGGAGUAAUUUUGCUUUUAUAUACCAGUUUCAUACAGGUAACGCUUCUGUCGUGUUAUUAGACUUCGUCAUUCCUUUUCCAGAGUUUACCGAUAACGAGUUUGCCGUUAGGUACAUCUCAAUUGAAGAACCCGACUCACUUGAUGCUGUUUUGCUUAGUGCUAUAGAAAAGAACAGGGUCAUAAUCAUCGCAGCACGAGGGGAACUAGUAAGAGAGACUAUGUUAUUAGCCUAUGAUAUGGGACUUAUCAACGGGUCAUAUGCUUUCAUCAGUAUCGAACCUUUCAGUAACACCUUGGUCUUUGGCGAUGACAACUGGAAACAGAACGACGGCCGUGAUGAAGAUGCGAAGAAGGCCUACGAAGCUCUUCUAACCAUCCGUCUCUACGAACCAGACACACAGGAGUACAAAGAUUUCCAAAAGGAACUGGAACUCAGAGAAAAGAGGGAUUAUAAUUGGACCAGACCUGAUCCUGACCAUAACAAUUACUUCGCGAGUGCUUUCCACGAUGCUGUCAUCUUGUAUUCACUUGCCGUCAACGAAACCUUGGCAGAAGGAGGAGACAUCAGAGAUGGAUAUAAGAUCACAAGAAAGAUGUGGAAUAGAACGUUUGACGGUAUAUCUGGUAAGGUGACAAUUAACAGUAACGGGGAUCGUGAUGCAGACUAUUCACUGUGGGAUAUGACUGACACAGAAGCAGGUACAUUUGAGGUUAUAGCAAACUAUUAUGGGGCGACUGGAGAAUUUCAUGAAACUGACGUGAAACCGGUUUGGCCUAAUGGAGCUACAGGACCGCCUAAAGACGAACCAGAUUGCGGGUUCAACGGUGAAAAGUGUCCACCUAAUCCGAACGGCUUGACAGUACUUGGCACUGUGGGUAUUACGGCAAGUGUAAUUGUUAUAGCUGCCAUCUGUGCUCUCUUUCUUAUCUACAGGAAACUUCGACUGGAUGCCGAACUAAUGAAGAUGUCAUGGCGGAUCAAAUGGGAGGAGUUGGUCUUCGAAGAAAUCGGCAAAUCGGUUGCCACGGCAACAUCAGGUUCCAGACUUGUUGCAUCAAGGGUAAGAGCUUUACCAACAAGCACGGACGCAUCGGGCACACUUAUCAAUUCAGAUGGCCAAGAUGGAGGCCAGAUAUUUGCAACAGUUGCACGCUAUAAGGGACGUUUGGUGAUGGUGAAGAGGAUAAACAAAGCCAAGAUUGAACUAACACGAGACGUUCUAAUGGAACUAAGAAAUAUGAGAAAUUUGGAACACACAAACAUUGUUCGUUUUGUUGGCGCAUGCGUAGACCCUCCCAAUCAGACCAUAAUGACUGACUACUGUCCACGAGGGAGCUUACAGGAUAUUUUGGAGAAUGAUCAUCUGAAACUAGACUGGAUGUUUCGGCAGUCUUUGCUGAUGGACGCAGUCAGGGGGAUAUACUACCUCCAUGACAGUGUAAUAGGUGUCCAUGGACGACUGACGUCAUCAAACUGUGUUGUCGAUGGCAGAUUCGUUCUCAAACUAACUGACUUUGGGAUCCCAUCACUGAGGAAGUCCAGUAUUGACAGCGAAAACAAAUACAAACUGUUAUGGAAAGCUCCAGAACACCUCAGGAACCCUAUUAACCCUCCCACUAAAGAAGGUGAUAUGUAUAGCCUUGGUAUCAUCAUGCUUGAGAUAGGUACAAGGGCAGGACCAUUCGAUGAAGAAAGGAAGUUCAUGGACACCGACCAGAUCUUGGAUUGCUUAAAGUCAACGACCACUCAACCACCGUUUCGUGCCUUGAUUCCUGAUGAGUCAUGGAGCCCUGAAAUCAAGGAUCUAAUGAAGAGAUGUUGGGAAGAGACCCCAAGCGAUCGACCUACUGCUGGUACUCUUCACUCUACACUCAAGAAAGUUAACAAGGGGAUGUCUAGCGGUGGUAACAUUUUGGACAAUCUAUUGAAUCGUAUGGAACAAUAUGCCACAAACCUGGAAGCCUUGGUCGAAGAGAGGACAGCUGCUUUCCUAGAGGAGAAGAAACGAUCAGAGACACUGCUUUAUGAAGUACUACCUAGAUCUGUAGCAGAGCAGCUGAAGCUUGGCAAGUCUGUUGAUCCCGAGUCUUAUGAGAGCGUCACCAUUUUCUUCAGUGAUAUUGUGGGCUUUACCGCCAUCUCCUCCGAGAGUACACCCCUUCAGGUGGUUGCUCUUUUGAAUGAUCUGUAUACAUGUUUUGACGGGAUCAUAGCCAACUCCGACGUUUACAAGGUUGAAACUAUUGGCGAUGCUUACAUGGUAGUGUCUGGAUUGCCUAUCAGGAAUGGUAUUACGCAUGCUCGAGAGAUUGCUGUGAUGUCUCUAUCUCUCUUGGAAGCUGUUAAGUCUUUUAAGAUUCGACAUCGACCUGGUGAACAGCUCAAGUUAAGAGCAGGAAUACAUUCCGGUCCAUGUGUUGCUGGUGUGAUUGGUUUGAAGAUGCCUCGUUAUUGUCUCUUUGGUGACACGGUUAACACCGCAUCUCGAAUGGAAUCAAAUGGUGAAGCCAUGAAGAUCCAUACGAGUUCGAAUUGCAAGAAAAUCUUGGAUAAAUUUGAUGCUUUUGAAGUUGAGCUGAGAGGGCAAGUAGAGAUGAAGGGCAAGGGCUCGCAGACGACGUACUGGUUGCUAUCACAUAAUUCAAAAGAGAAAUCAAAAUUCUAACAUUCAGAAUAUCUACUCAAUUUGCAAGAAAAAAUGUUGUUUGAACCUUUGAAGGUUCAACAAUAUUGUGUCACGACGAAACUCGUGUUUCAUGUUGAUGAUCUCUAUUCAAGCACUGUAGAACCUACCUUCUAUCUCAUGAUGAUGUGAGUUCCAGUUUCAGAACUAUAUUCGCAUUCUGAUAUACUAUCACUAACCAAUGUAAUUCAUAUUAAUUGUGUACCCUGGUGAAGUAGAUACAGACUCGUAUAUAUAUUGUGUUAUAUUGGAUCCUGAAAAAAUAUAUGUAUAUUUUGGAGCAUACGCGUUGGUUUAUUUAUGACAAGUGGAUUUAUUUUUAAACUAUUGACUGGUAAUUGUUAUGAGAUUGGUUUGGUUUGGUUUUAUUUACCGUAUAAAAAUCACAAUAAAAUACAUUGCACAAGAUAUGAUAUUAAAUAUAAAUAUAUAAACAUGCACACUAAUAUACGGAUGGAUCACUCUAUUCAGAGCCAUUGAUAUAAUGGCUCUGUUCUUCCUAGAGGUCCAGUCAAUAUGGUGACAAGUAAGAACCCUGCAUCAUUAUGCAAUAAAACAAAAUUUCACAGUAAUUUGGAAACAUCCUAAAUCAUCCUCGAUUGCCGUCUCGGGCACAUGGUUUCAAAAAUACUUCUAAGUCAUUUUCUCUCAGAUGUGCAAAACUUGUCUACGUUGUUCCGGGUAAGACUUUUCAAUGCAUAUUUCACAGUUAUGUUUCAAAGUAUUUCUUGAAACAUUCCAAAUUAUUUAUUUAUUAGCGAUAGCUGCAUGGUGAGCAUGUCACAAAAAUUGAUAUUGAACAAGUGCAAAUACUUUCUUGGUGCAAUUAUAUAAACGAUUAAUAAUCAAAAGUGUAAUUCCAAUAUAUGAAUUUCAAAGAAUACUGUAAAUAUUAAUAUUCAUAGUUGUGUACAUGAAAACGUAUAUUAAGAUAUAUAAUGUGAUAUGUUUAUGAAGUAUAUCUUAUAGGUUAAAAGUUAACAUGUGAUUUGUAUUGUAAUAAACAUGCUUACAUUGAUUAAUAAGCUUAAAGAAAUGCCAAUGAAAAGACCUUCGCGUUAUUAUCGGUGCUUAAUGUGAUCUAAAAUCCACGCUAGGAUAACACAAUUGGAUCAAUGACAUUGUAUGGUAAAAAUUAGCAUUGUAUUUAUGCAUAUACAAUAUUCCACAAAUCAUACACAAGUAAGUCUGGUUAUCCAAAAUUAUCACAUAAAACGUAGACCCAAAGUUACAACCCGUAAGUCUUAGACUAAAAGUUACCUCGAGUACUAUGGCCAAAUAAUAUUUCACAAUUUUAAAAUACAUUUAAAGCAAGAAAUGAUUUGUAAUUGCAUAAAAACACACACAGAUUGAGUUGCUUCUAUGUCUAUUCCUGUAUAUAUUUUAAAUCGUUUUACCAUUCACAGUAAUAUAUAUCCUAAAUCAUCGCGAACAAGGUAUAACAAUUGUGUAAUAAAAUAAAUGCUUUAGAAAUCUUUGAUUUUAAUAUCUAGUCAUUGUCUAAAGGAACAUGUUACUAGCAAACAGGAUAAACAAUAGAUCGAACCUCGUUUAUAAACUUGAGAGCAAAUGAAUUACCCUAAAAAAAUUGUUAUGUAACAAUAAGUAUUGAUAUGUAUGUUAUUAAUCAAUUAAACAGUGAUGAAAUAAUGUGUUUAAUGUAAUGCAGAUUUUUUUUUUCUAAUAAUCUUUAAUUGUGAUGACAUAUCAAAUUCAUGUACGGUAUUUUGUGCCCAUUCGUGCUUCACUUUAGUAUUAAAGACAUUUUCGCAUGGUGUA